AUGCGAUCCACUGCAGGGGCCAGCGACAGCAAGCCAAGAGCCCAGCACCCCACUCUGCUCGCCCCCGGACGCAUUCCUGUCCAGGAGGCCCUCUUCCGCCACCGCGGUCCAUCUGCAGCCCCCGUCUCGCCGGACUUGAGCACCCGUUGCCGGCAGCAACCCCGACCAAUGAUCACCACGCUGCCCAUCGAGCUGGUUGACGCAGUCUGUCUGCGGCUGCGGUCCGACAUUGACAAACUCAACUACGCCGUCGCCCUGCGCUACAACGGCCUCCAACAGGCACUCGUCUCUGACAAGCCGUCUCGCAUGGCGGCCGACAAGCUCGCCGAGUCGGACCACAGGGUGUUUGGCAAGGUGUAUCUCGCUGUUCUGCAAGCACAUGAGUCGAUCGACUUUCGGCAGCUGGUGCAGCGGUUCCGUCCGGAAUCGGAGAAUCAGGCUGCCUUGCCCUUGCAACCGCAGUUUGACUUUUUUGUCAAGCUGUAUACCUUCCAAGGGCUCCGUUUCCACGAAUCGCUGACCACCAUCGACCUGAGUGACACCAACCUCAAUUCGACCAUGCCGACGUUUGCCAAGUGCCUCGGCCACAAUCGAACUUUGAUAAGAAUCGACCUGAACAGCAAUCGCAUCGACGAUACCGGAGCAGUCCUGCUCGCUCAGGCAAUGCAAGCACAUCCACGGCUCAGUCAGGUCAAUUUGAAAUACAACUACAUUGAAGACGAAGGUGCGAUUGCUCUGGCCGGGGCCCUGACCCACAUGAAGCGAGAUGUCAGGCUCGACCUUGAAUAUAACCUGAUCGGCGAUCUUGGAGCAGAAGCGCUCUCGAAAGCACUCCUCGACAACGACAUGGUCGAAGCCAGUCUCCGUGUCAACAGAAUCUCCGAGAUCGGGCUUCGGCUACUGACAAGGGCCCUUCGCCACCACCAUCACCGCCAAAAGGACCUACCUCCCCUUACUCCGCAGUGGACAGCGCUUCAAAGCGUGCCUUCACGACAGAGCCCGAUAUCGACUUGUACUCUAUGAAUACCCCCCCUUUCCGACUCGGAAAAGGGGCGCCUGAGCAAUAUAGAGUACUCUGUCUUGAUCCAA